GAAAAUUUUUGCGAUGUUACGUAUAAAAGAAGUAGAACAGUCAUAUAACUGCAUUUGCGUUUGCCGUCAUAGAACUACAAGUAAAUAGGUAAUUUUGUAAUUUAAUUUAAUGUUGAUCGUAUUUUAUCGACUGUUCACUUUCGCGUGGACGCUUCUUGUCUUUGCAAUAUUUGAGUCGGCAGUGGCGAUUUCUUACGUAAGAAAUACUGAAGAAUGGUACAAGACGGUACCAGAUCACGAAACAGGAAUCAAAGUAGCACUAUGGACCAAGGAAAUGAAUAUAAAUCCUGAGGAAUUGGGCAGUUACUUCGAAGGAGAUAUCAUGAUUACAGGAAACACCAAAAGAAACGGAGACACUAAUGAAAACCUCCGUUGGUCUAAUGGCAUUAUUCCCUACAUAAUCGCUGAUCAUUUCGAUGACAAUCAAUUGGAACUUAUAAAUGGUGUGAUGGACGAUUAUUUUAAUCGUACAUGUAUUACGUUUGUACUGAGAACGGAUGAAGAGGAUUAUAUCAACAUCGUUAGCGAUAAUACUGGAUGCUCGAGCAACAUUGGCAAGAUUGGCGGUGAACAAAAAGUACACUUACAGAUUCCUGGUUGUGUAACAUUGAGAGGCACCGUGAUACACGAGCUCUUACACGUCGUCGGUUUUUGGCAUGAGCACACCAGAGAAGACCGUGAUAAUUACGUGCAUAUCAAUUGGGAUAAUAUUGAAGAAGAAACAAAGAAAAAUUUUGUUAAGAAUGAUCCGGGGGUUACUUACACUUAUGGUGUUCCUUAUGAUUACGGUAGCGUGAUGCACUACUCAGCAUACUCGUUUGCCAAAAACAAUACAAUAAAAACCAUUAUUCCUACAAAAGAUCCAAACGCAUUAAUUGGUCAGAGACAGGGAUUUAGCGACUCGGAUAUUCUAAAAGUCAAUAAAAUGUACAAUUGCAUCUAAUAGUUACAUAAUUGACUGCAUUUAUGUCAGAGAUAGUACUAUAUUAAAUGGAUACAGUUUGACAAUAUCUUUGUAUUUCAGAAAAUUCUUAAUUAGAAAUAUUUAAUAAAAAUUUUUGUGUAUCAAUCAUAAAAAAA